UCCUGCCUCCUGCCUCCUGCUGCUGGGAAUGGGGAUGAGUUUUGCAAUGUCUUCUCAACUCAACUCUCAAGCUGGGAAGACAUUAAUUAACUUGCUUUCAAUUUUGUCUCAUAGCAGCUGAGGCGGUUCAAAACCUUGUUUUCUCUCGUUUUCGCGCUUCUCUCUCUCAUCUCCGUAUUUAUUGGUUUCAAAAUUUGUGGUUGAAUUCAAAAGGGGCGAGACAGAUUUCGAUAACAACACAUCUGUACUGAGCUGGAUUUUGAUUUCUUUUGAAUUUGGGUCUGCUUACUACUCUGCUAAGGCCUUGCUAUCGGAGGUCUUCGGAGAUAAAAUUUAGGCAGAUUAAUGUCAUUUGGCUUUGCUGAUACUGUAGCAAUCCGUCUCGACAGUGGUUCUUAUAUUCCAUUUGGACUUGUUCUGUUCGUUUUGAAGUUUGAACCUCGUUUAGUAUAUCUUUUUAGUACUGAAUUGAUGAGCGGUGCAGAUAUAGAUUUGACUGGUCGAGUUCGGAGAGAUUCUGGCAUUCAUUGGUGCUUCUUCCAUCGCGGUAGUCGAAUUCUGUACUGUUAGGCUUCGAAUUUUGAAAGAUUUCUGGAUUCCUCUUCGGAAAUUGCUCCAUUCUGUCAAUUGGAAGAGCUUCCGUGUUUCUGAUUCGCGGGGUUAAAUUAAAGAUUCUGAAAUUAUGCUUUCCCUUUUGUCCUGACGAUGAUAUUGAAUUUGGAGUUUCUCACGUUGGUCUGUUUAACGUUGCUGAGGCAAGCUGUGCAUCUUAUUUUGGAAUUUCAAUUGGUUAUAUCGUUUUAGGCUUUGAGAGCUUUACUCGAUCUUCACCUUCGAAGAACCGUUACUAGGAUACCGGUGUCACUUUCAGCAUUAUUAAGCCUUCAACCAUGACAUUUCCGUGAUUUGAUCGUCCUGAUUGGACAUGAAUAUGCCAAGCUGAAUUCCUGUAGAUGAUUCCUGUGAUAGUCGUUUCCUCGUUUUCUUCUUUAAUCUGAAACUACCUCAUUUCCUCUGCCGAGCUCUUGAAGUUCAAUUUACUUCACAGUUUAGUUUUGUCAUUUGAAGGUUCGAUUUGGACGCCGUUAUUACGGAAGAUAGUGAGAUUUGCUUUUGCUUGUUCCGUUUCUCCUGUACAAUACACUGUACAUUUUAUGAGGAACAGUUGUUCUGAGUUCUGACCCCUUUUCAGAAGCUCCAUUGAACUUAAACAGAGGAGGUCUGGCUGGAAACCUCUAGUUUUCCGUUCCAAAAUUUUUAGUUUUUACAAGGUCUUGGAGAAAAGUUCCUGAAGAUCCACUUAAGAUUGCUGUUGCCAUGUGUGGAAUAUGCAUGCAUGAUUCUACGAUGGAUCAAUAAAGGCAAGGGAAAAGUUCAAUCCGCUGAGCAUUUUAGGGUUCCGCGGAAGAAAAGAGAAGAAAAGGUAGAGGUCCUUUGAUUAAUUAAGCAGAGGUUAAAAGCGUCUUGUCAUCCGUGAUUGCUAUUACUGGAAAAGACAGUAGUCACUUUUAGGGUUUUGUUUUCACAUCUGAUCACUUGGCGAGGAAAAAGCAGUAAUGCGAUUUCUUGUUGUUUUCAUUUGUUCACCAUCUUCUGUGUUCGGGCUUAUUUCUUUUAAGAAAGCACCUUCUCUUUGAUGGACUUGAAGGUCUGUGUCUGUUGAACAAGGAUUGAAGUUGCAACUUAGUGGGUCUGAUGACUCUGCAACAGAAGAGCGGGAAGCAGGACAAAGUCUCGGAUGUCGCCGAGAAGGUCGUCGUUGCUGUCAAGGCGUCCAAAGAAGUCCCGAGAACUGCGCUUGUGUGGGCAUUGACUCAUGUUGUUCGACCUGGAGACUGUAUAACGCUGUUGGUGGUAGUUUCUGCUCAGAGUUCGGGUAGAAGGCUAUGGGGUUUUCCAAGAUUUUCUGGAGAUUGUGCAAGUGGUCACCGGAGGUCUCACUCAGGGACCAGUUCAGAGCAGAAGUCUGAUAUUACUGAUUCCUGCUCCCAGAUGAUGCUUCAACUCCAUGAUGUUUAUGAUCCAAACAAUAUCAAUGUAAGGAUCAAGAUUGUUUCCGGAUCACGGUGUGGUGCAGUGGCUGCAGAAGCCAAGAGAGCUCAAGCUAGCUGGGUUGUACUGGACAAACAGCUAAAACAUGAGGAGAAAUGCUGCAUGGAAGAGCUGCAAUGCAACAUUGUAGUUAUGAAGCGGUCCCAACCAAAAGUUCUUCGUCUUAAUUUAGGUGGAUCACCAAAGAAGGAACCUAAAGUAGCAUGCAAAUUACCUUCUGAGUUAGAGGUGGCACCAGAAAAACAUCCAAUAAAGAGCAGUGAUCCUCUGAGUUCCAUCCAAGAUCCAGCUGUGACUCCAAAUAGUAGUCCAGAGUUAGGGACACCAUUCACUGCAACUGAAGCUGGAACAUCCUCUGUUUCAAGCUCUGAUCCAGGAACCUCUCCAUUUUUCAUUUCUGAAGUAAAUGGGGGUCUGAAAAAAGAUGACUCUGUAAUAAAAAAGGAGAACCGAAAUCUAGAAGACUCCAGCUCUGAUACAGAUAGUGACAAUCUCAGUUCACCUUCAUUGAGUUCAGGUUUCUGGAUGGCAGAACUUCUUACUUCUAGCCGCCACUCCUUAAAACAUGUUGAGGAAAACCAACAAAAGGUAAAUGAUAAUGUUCAGAAUUCCACAACCAAAGCCUUGUUGGAGAAAUUCUCCAAACUUGAUCAAGAAGCUGGAAUUGGAAUGCUGAAUUAUAGGCGAGAUCUGGAUUUCAGUGGAAAUGUUAGAGAAGCCAUUUCACUAUCCAGAAGUGCACCUUUAGGUCCACCUCCAUUGUGUUCAAUAUGUCAGCACAAAGCACCUGUAUUUGGAAAACCUCCAAGGUGGUUUAGCUAUGCUGAACUAGAACUUGCUACAGGUGGAUUUUCACAGGCAAAUUUCUUGGCUGAAGGUGGGUUUGGAUCAGUCCAUAGAGGGGUCCUACCAGAUGGCCAGGCAGUGGCAGUCAAGCAACACAAGCUUGCUAGUUCUCAGGGGGAUCUUGAAUUUUGCUCGGAAGUGGAAGUUCUAAGUUGUGCACAGCACCGGAAUGUUGUGAUGUUGAUUGGGUUCUGUGUUGAAGACAGAAGAAGGCUGCUGGUCUAUGAAUACAUUUGCAAUGGAUCUCUGGAUUCUCACCUUUAUGGACGUAAUCGAGAUCCAUUAGAAUGGUCUGCACGACAAAAAAUUGCAGUUGGAGCUGCAAGGGGGUUGCGGUACCUUCAUGAAGAGUGCAGAGUGGGUUGCAUUGUCCACCGUGACAUGCGGCCAAACAAUAUCCUCAUAACCCAUGAUUUUGAGCCACUGGUUGGAGAUUUUGGCCUGGCAAGAUGGCAACCUGAUGGAGACAUGGGUGUGGAAACAAGAGUAAUUGGAACAUUUGGGUAUUUGGCUCCAGAAUAUGCUCAAAGUGGCCAAAUUACAGAAAAAGCUGAUGUAUAUUCCUUUGGAGUGGUAUUGGUGGAGCUUGUCACAGGACGGAAAGCAGUUGACAUUAACCGGCCUAAGGGCCAGCAGUGCCUUACUGAAUGGGCACGCCCUUUACUGGAAGAAUAUGCAAUUGAUGAACUUGUGGACCCACGAUUGGAAAAUUGUUAUUCAGAACAGGAAGUCUAUUGCAUGCUGCAUGCUGCAUCAUUAUGCAUCCGACGAGAUCCCCAUUCAAGGCCUCGUAUGUCUCAGGUGCUUCGUAUCUUGGAGGGUGACAUGGUCAUGGAUUCAAAUUACAUGUCGACACCUGGGUAUGAUGCGGGAAGCAGAAGUGGAAGAAAUUGGGCAGAGCAGCAGCAGCAGCAGCAACAGCAAUCUUACAGUGGCCCGAUAUCAGAAGGAUCAAGUGGAAAUCUCUCCUACGAAGCACUUAGGUCAGUUUACUGGGAGAGAGAAAAGGCAAGGAGGGCUUCAUGUGAGGAUGAUCCCUAAACAGUAGGAAUCGUAACAUAUUAGACGCAAUACUUGUAUCUUACUAUAUUCAACGCCUUCUAGGUUUUUGCAUGUAUAGUCGUGAAAUUGCAGUUUGUAAUUCAUUGAUGAGGAUCCAAGGAACUAACUAUAACUACAUGUUGAUGCUGGAUAUGGUUGAUAUAUAAAUGAAUCAAGUGCCACUUAAACUGUUAAAUAAAUGAA